AUGAAAUAUGGUGGCAAUGAGUGGCAUAAAAUCGAAGAUCAAUUCCCGGGACGAACCAUGUCAGCAUUGUACGCGCGUUGGGCGAAGUUACAACAAGCAGACCGCAAAAAUCCUAUCGUCAAAUGGACCCAGGAAGAAGACGACACCCUGAAGGCGAUGAAGAAGGAAGGCGCAAGCAUGGCAKAAAUUCUUGCAGCUUUACCCGGGAGGUCGUUGGGCGCCACCUACAGGCGCUAUUCGGUUAUAGGCCCUAGAGGCAAGUAUGGUCGAUUGAUCCACAGCGGCUUGGGAGGUAUGGGCAUCGAUGAUCGCGACAAAAUCCUGAGACUUCACCAUGAGGAAGGGAUGACGAGCGCCCAGAUUCACGCCCAAUUUUAUCCUAAGAAACCCUUCAACAUGGUCAAAAAUGUGAUCAAGGCAGGCCAUCGUGGUGACGAGCUAGCCGAUCGAGAUAAAUUCCGAGCGCGCUGGAGUCGCGCAGAGGACAAAGCUAUACUUCGUCUGCGGCAGAAGGAGCAGAAGACGUUCAAAGAAAUCUGCGCUGCGGUUAAUCGCUCGUAUCUAAGUACGACGAGCAGGUACUACACGCUCACCUCGGGAACGAUCAGACCGCGAGUUCCCCAUCCCAAGCAAUACACCGUCGAAGAGAGCGCAAAGAUAGCUCAAAUGGUCAAGGCAAAGACCCCAAUCAAGGUAAUCGCUGCUGCGCUCGGCCGUACCACAACGGCCAUCAAUCAUCAUCUAUUCAGGAAUCGUGCCGUAUUGGGCUACGUACAGACCCCCGGCAGGAGUUGGCAGGAGCGUAAGUUCGCUGCUACUAAGGCCGAGAAGCUCAGAGAACAGGGAAUGCAAUGGAAAGAGAUCCACGCAUGUUUUCCGCAUUACACACUCCCCCAGCUCAAACAAUACUACAGCGAAUUGAAGAAGGACAGAUUCGAGUCGGACGGGAUCAGCACAACCAUGUCAGAACCUGAGCUGCAGGCUCUGAUAUCCAAAGUCAAAAAACUCAGGGAUCGAGGCUUUGAGUGGCCUGAGAUUGGCAAGCGCUUCCCAUUCUACUCACUGAACCGAGUCAAGGCCCUAUACGCCGAGGCGAACGGAGGUAUUACCAAGGAGAGACCUCUCACGACGGGACGAGCCACCAGUGAAAUCAACGUAGGGAAGAUUGCAGAGUACAGGGCAAAAGGCUGGACAUGGGACGAAAUYCAGGCGCACAUGCCGGAUUGGUCAAGAGCCACGUUGUCGAGGGUAUAUGGUAAAGGGGAUCCGAUACUGAAACCACUUGGUCAGCGCGAGGUUCUGAAGAUCGAUAAGCUUAGGAAGAGUAAAGUGAGUUGGGAGAAGGUGCAGGUGCACAUGCCCAAGUAUCCUGAAUAUCAGUUGCGCAAGGCCUAUGCUCAAGCGCGGAAAGAAGGAAAGGUGUGA